GUCAGCCCCCCUCGUUCUACUCUAGUCCCUGGCUCUGGGCCGACCAGGGAACUCUAUGUCACCCCUUCUGGGCCAUCCCUGGCCCCGCCUCCCAGCGCCCCUCCUGGCUGGGUGGGGGCCCCUCCUGGCUGAGCUGGGGUGCUCCCCCGUCCUCACUCAAGGCCAGCCCUCUCCUGUGGUGCCAUCCCAGCGCUGCGCACCUCCCACUCAUAACUCGCACCCGAUCCCGCCUGCGCUCGUCCCUUCCUGCACACCCCAGGUGGCACUUCAGCCAAAGGGGGCCUGGGCAAUGGUCGAGCACGGAGCUGCGCAAGGAAAAGUCCCGGGAUGCGGCCCGCAGCCGGCGCAGCCAGGAGACCGAGGUGCUGUACCAGCUGGCGCACACGCUGCCCUUCGCGCGCGGCGUCAGCGCCCACCUGGACAAGGCCUCGAUCAUGCGCCUCACCAUCAGCUACCUGCGCAUGCACCGCCUCUGCGCCGCGGGGCAGUGGAACCAGGUGGGAGCCGGGGGAGAAUCCCUGGAUGCCUGCUACCUGAAGGCCCUGGAGGGCUUCGUGAUGGUGCUCACCGCCGAGGGAGACAUGGCUUACCUGUCGGAGAAUGUCAGCAAACACCUGGGCCUCAGUCAGCUGGAGCUCAUCGGACACAGUAUAUUCGAUUUCAUCCAUCCCUGUGACCAAGAGGAGCUUCAGGACGCCCUGACUCCCCGGCUGAGCCUGUCCAAGAAGAAGCCAGAGGCACCCACGGAGCGGUGCUUCUCCUUGCGCAUGAAGAGCACCCUCACCGGCCGCGGGCGCACCCUCAACCUCAAGGCAGCCACCUGGAAGGUGCUGCACUGUUCUGGGCACAUGAGGGUCUACAGGCCCCCCUCGAAGACCUCCCCGGCUGGGAGCCCCACCCCAGAGCCCCCCUUGCAAUGCCUGGUGCUCAUCUGUGAAGCCAUCCCCCACCCCGGCAGCCUGGAGCCCCCGCUGGGCCGGGGGGCCUUCCUCAGCCGCCACAGCCUGGACAUGAAGUUCACCUACUGUGACGAGAGGAUCGCGGAGGUGGCCGGCUACAGUCCCGAUGACCUGAUUGGCUGUUCCGCCUACGAGUACAUCCACGCGCUGGACUCCGAUGCGGUCAGCAAGAGCAUCCACACCUUGCUGAGCAAAGGCCAGGCAGUAACGGGGCAGUAUCGCUUCCUGGCCCGGAGUGGUGGCUACCUGUGGACCCAGACCCAGGCCACAGUGGUGUCCGGGGGCCGGGGCCCCCAGUCAGAGAGUAUCGUCUGUGUCCACUUCCUGAUCAGCCGGGUGGAAGAGACCGGAGUGGUGCUGUCCCUGGAGCAGACGGAGUGGCACUCUCGCAGACACCUUCAGUGGGGCGCCCCCUCUCAGAAGGAUGCCCCUAACUUUGGGGACAGCCUUGGCACCCCUGGUCCCCGGAUCCUUGCCUUCCUGCACCCGCCGGCCCUGAGCGAGGCCGCCUUGGCUGCCGACCCCCGUCGAUUUUGCAGCCCCGACCUUCGUCGCCUCCUGGCGCCCAUCCUGGACGGGGCUUCGGCAGCCGCCACCCCCAGCACACCGCCGGCCACGUGGCGCCCCCAGAGCCCUCUCCCGGCUGAUCUCCCAGAUGAACUACUCGUGGGCAUGGACAGUGCACACAGACUCUUGGCAUCCGGGAAAGACCCCGAGGCAGUGGAGACGGAUCUAGACAUGGCUCAGGACGCCGAUGCUCUGGAUUUGGAGAUGCUGGCCCCCUACAUCUCCAUGGAUGAUGACUUCCAGCUCAACUCCAGCGAGCAGCUACCCAGGGCCUGCCACAGACCUCCCGGGCUUGUCCCCCGGCCCCGCGCUCGGAGCUUCCACGGCCUGCCUCCCCCAACCCCUGAGCCCUCCCUGCUGCCCCGCUGGGGGAGUGACCCCUGGCUGAGCUGCUCCAGCCCUUCCAGGGGGGACCCCUCAGCAUCCUCCCCUGUGGCUGGGGCUCGGAAGAGGGCCCUGAGCCAGAGCUCAGAGGACGAGGCCGAAGGAGUGGAGCUGCUGGGAGUCACACCCCCCAAACGACCCCCCAGCCCAGACCCGGAAAACCUUCUGCUGUUUCCCCUCAGCCUGAGUUUCCUUCUGACAGGAGGCCCGGCCACGGGGAGCCAGCACCCUCCCGCCACCCACCUCCCGGAUGCGAUUGAGCCCCUGGGCCUGGGCCCCUCGCUGCUCUCUCUCUAUCCGGACCAGGACACUGCCCAGCCCAGGAGCCACUUCCAGCCGGCGGCAGGCGUGGCCCAGGCCCACUGAGCCAGCCCCCUUCCCUUGUCCCUUCUCCUUCCCCAGCAAGGACCUCAACCACACUCCAAGCUGGCAGCCAACACACAGGACGGGGGUGCCAGGAGAGGGGCCCCUCUCUUCUCCGAGUGCCCCCCGCCCACCUCGGGCCUACCUCAACCCUCCCCCCUCUGCCCGCUCCCAAUCUGGGGGCUCUUUGGGGCAUCAGCUCAGUGACCUCUGGGAGGGGGUCCUGGCCCCUCCUCCUCUUCCUCUCAGGACUUCGCUUGGGGUUCUCAGUACUUCGUUACCUCAUUAUCCCUUUCUCAGACUCUCUUGGCUUUAUUUUGGGGAAUGGGGGGGGAGGGUUGGGGAUCAGAUCUGUGAUUUGGGGCUCUGGGGAGGAUGGAUAACCGUAACCACAUCUCUGUCUAUCCCUCUUUUAUUAUUAUUUUUAUUUUUAUUGAUUUCAUGAUAUGGUUUUGAAUCACUAUGAAUUGUUUGGGGUCCAUAAGAAUGUGGGACUCUGAUCUCGCCCCAUCCUCAGGCGUCACUGGGGGAGGCUCUGGGCCAGACCUCACCCCCAGCGACCUCAGCCUCCCAAGCUGCCACCCAGCUCUGUCUUCCCCUUCCACUCUGGACUUCCUGCUGCCCCCAGCUCCACCUGGACACGGACUUCAUCCACGGUCUUCCUAUUUCAGGGGCAGCCUCGAACCUCCUCUGCUUUCAAACCAUACACCCUCCAACCUUCUCUGGUUCUAGACUGCACAACCUCCAACCUUCACUGGUUGUAGACUGCACAACCUCCAACCUGGUCUGCUUUAGACCUUAUCCUGAAAAUCUAAUUCUGGACCUCACAACCUCCAAUUCUGUCUAUUUUCCAACCUCAACAAUCUCCAAAGAAUUGUCUGGUUCUGGCCUGUACAACCUCUAACUCCCUCUGGCUCUAGAAUCUAUGACCACCAGAUUCCAGUGGUUCUAGAAUGCAUUCUCUUAGCUUCCUCUGGUUCUAGACUUCUCCCAUAAAUCCCUCUUGUUCUAGAUCUCACUCCCUUCAACUCCGUCUGGUUCCAGAUCUUAUAUUCAAUGAUUUCCUCUGGUUCUGGGACACCACAACUUCAAGCUUCCUGUUGGGUCUAAUCUUCUCAAUCUAUAAUAUGGUACAUUUGGUUCCAAAUCCAGACCUCUUAAGUUCUAAAUCAUUUUGGUUCCAGACCUCAUGAGUCCCAGCUCAUUCCUCUUCGACUCUCUACAAUCAUGACUUGUUUUCCCUGUCAAGAAGAAGUCAAAUGAGUUUUAUGUCUUGAUCUUAUAACCAGUUCUAUGGCCUCCACCAUUCACUGUAGACUGCACAACCUCUAGACUUUGUGACCUCCUGGAUCUUCUGAUUCCAGAUCUGAUUUUCUACCAUUUUUCUGGUUCUAGAACUGAAUUGCAAAUGUCUUCUGAGUCUAGAUCUCAUCCUGUAAGUCCCCAUGGUUCUAGAACUCACAGUGUCCAACUUCCCUUCACUGUAGAUCGUAGGAUUCUAAAUGACCUUGGGUCUGGAACUCAGCCAUCAAACAUCUUAUUUUAGACCUUGCCUUAUAAAUUCCUCUGGUUCUAGACGUUACAACCUCCCUCCAAUUCCUUCUGAUUCUAGAGCUUAUGGUACCAAAAUCUCUCUGGUUCUAGAACUCAUCCUUUGGGCUUUUUCUAAUUCUAGUCUUCACUCUAUAAAUUCCUCUGCUUCUAGGCCUCACAGCGUCUAAUCAGGUUCCUCUGAUUUCAGAUCCAAAUCCCUCUGGUUCUAGAACCUGGCUUUCAAAUGCUUCUGAUUCUGAAAUCUAGACUUUACCUUGCAGAUUCCUCUGGUUCUGAAUCUUGCAACCUCUGAGUCCCUGACUGCAGACCCCACCCGCCUAACUCUAUUCUGGGCUUCCCACCCCACUGAAAAUACCCCAAUUCCUACCCUGUCCUAAGUCUUCCAGACUCCUACCUUCCAGGACUUCUUGAUCAAGCCUCUCCAACCUCAUGUCCCUGUAGUUCCUGUCUUAGAAACCCCUCCACUGCCCACCCCAGCUCUCCAGAUGUGCACUUACCUUGACUCCACCCCAGAUGUCUGGGAGACCUGGGGCUCCCUCACCCCCAUGGGGGUUCA